UCUUAAAACAUCUUAGUUAGCUCUCACCACGCGGUUUUUAACUGUUCUCCAUCAAAUUGAACCCUAUGAACAUUUAAUUGUGUCUAUCCUCUUUCUUUCCAAUGGACAAAACCAGUAUGGGUGACAAGGCAAUGACUGAUAAGUACAACGUUGAAACAGCUGAAAUAUUGGCAAACGAGGCUCAGCAUUUGCCUAUUGCAGAGGCUACACCAAUAUACGAGCAGCUUCUGUUAUUGUUUCCAACCGCUGCUAAGUUUUGGAAGCAAUAUGUGGAGGCACAAAUGGCUGCAAAUAAUGAUGAUGCUACCAAACAGAUUUUUAGUCGGUGUUUAUUGCAUUGUCUUCAGAUUCCUCUCUGGCGGUGUUACAUUCGUUUUAUUAGAAAGGUCAAUGACAGGAAGGGGAUAGAAGGUCAAGAAGAGACAAGAAAAGCUUUUGAUUUUAUGCUCAACUAUAUUGGAGCAGACAUAGCAUCUGGCCCUGUGUGGAUGGAGUACAUAUCCUUUCUAAAGUCAUUGCCGGCUAUGAAUGCUCAAGAAGAAUCACAACGGAUGACUGCUGUGAGGAAAGUCUAUCAGAAGGCUAUUGUUACUCCUACCCAUCACAUUGAACAACUUUGGAAGGACUAUGAAAAUUUUGAAAAUUCUGUCAGUCGUCAAUUGGCUAAAGGACUGAUAUCUGAAUAUCAACCAAAGUAUAAUAGUGCCCGGGCAGUUUACAGGGAACGGAAGAAGUAUGUUGAUGAAAUCGAUUGGAAUAUGCUUGCUGUACCAUCAACUGGAUCCUACAAGGAAGAAACACAAUGGAUAGCGUGGAAGAGACUUUUAUCUUUUGAAAAAGGAAAUCCACAGAGAAUAGAUACUGCUUCCUCCAACAAACGAGUUGUAUUUACUUAUGAGCAGUGUCUGAUGUACAUGUACCAUUAUCCUGAUAUAUGGUAUGACUAUGCUACAUGGCAUGCAAAAGGUGGUUCAAUAGAUGCUGCAAUCAAAGUAUUUCAAAGGUCUCUGAAGGCUCUUCCUGAUUCGGAAAUGCUACGAUAUGCUUAUGCAGAGCUGGAGGAGUCUCGUGGAGCAAUUCAGGCUGCAAAGAAAAUUUAUGAAGGCCUGUUGGGAGAUGGUGCCAGUGCAACGGCACUUGCACAUAUUCAAUUCAUUCGUUUUCUAAGAAGAACGGAAGGUGUUGAAGCUGCUAGGAAGUACUUUUUGGAUGCUCGCAAAUCCUCAAGUUGUACAUAUCAUGUUUAUGUCGCGUAUGCUACAUUGGCCUUUUGUCUUGACAAGGAUCCAAAGAUGGCUCAUAAUAUUUUUGAAGCAGGACUAAAACGCUUUAUGCAUGAGCCUGUUUACAUUCUUGAAUAUGCUGAUUUCUUGACACGUUUGAAUGAUGACCAAAAUAUACGCGCUUUAUUUGAGAGGGCAUUAAGUUCACUUCCACCUGAGGAAUCAGUUGAGGUCUGGAAAAAGUUCACUCAGUUUGAGCAAACUUAUGGGGAUCUUGCUAGCAUGCUGAAGGUUGAGCAAAGAAGGAAAGAAGCACUUUCCGGAGCAGGUGAAGAUGGAAUAGCAGCAUUAGAGAGUUCUCUGCAAGAUGUUGUAUCACGGUACAGUUUCAUGGACCUGUGGCCAUGCUCCUCUAAUGAUCUUGAUCAUUUAGCUCGGCAAGAGUGGCUUGCCAAGAACAUCAAUAAGAAAGUGGAGAAGUCUGCUCUGCUUAAUAGAACUACUCUUUUAGAUAAGGAAUCCAUGGCAAGCAUUUCAACUAUGUCAACAAAGGUUGUUUAUCCUGAUACUUCAAAGAUGGUGAUAUAUGAUCCAAAGCAAAAUCCUGGUGCUGGAACAAAUGCAUUUGAUGAAAUUCUGAAAGCUACACCACCUGCUUUGGUAGCAUUUUUAGCAAACCUACCUGCAGUUGAAGGUCCAACGCCAAAUGUGGAUAUCGUUCUAUCAAUUUGUUUGCAGAGUGACCUUUUAACUGGACAAAGUGGGAAAACAGGGAUUCCAACACAAUUGCCAGCAGGUCCUGCUACAAGUGAACUUUCUGGUUCAAGCAAGUCUCACCCUGUUCCAAGUGGCUUAUCUAUGAAACCAACCAGUAAGAGACAAUAUGGCAAAAGAAAAGAAUUAGUCAGGCAAGAGGAUGAUGAUACUACAACUGUCCAAAGCCAACCACUUCCUCAUGAUGCUUUCCGAAUAAGACAGUACCAGAAAGCUCGAGCUAGCAGCACUUCACAAACAGGUUCUGUUUCAUAUGGAAGUGCAUUUUCUGGUGACUUAUCUGGUAGCACUGGUUGAUAAAAUAUUUUGAACCACUUCCUUGUGGCCUAUGUAAAUUAAAAGACCUUUCUUGAGUUCAUGUAGCAUUAUUUUUUCUUUUCAUUUGCUUAUAAAUAGAUAAAUUAAGUGCUACAUUUGCAAGUAUGCAGGGCAAUGAAUUAUUUGUUUUAGCUCCUAUGUAAACAGUUUUUGACUUGUUGAAUGGUCAAACAUGAUGUGUAUCCACCUUC